AUCCCUACUUGUCUUCUUACUUUUUCGCUGCUGCUCUGUCCAAACUUCCCCCCAGCGCGUUUCUUUAUUGCGAAAUGCCGUUGCGCCUCGGUACCACCACGAUUUCACCCAGAAGGUUCACUCUUUGAAAACAAGGGAGAGCUUCAGCCGGAUCACAAGAGUCCAGACUUGGGAUUCUUCUUUACCCAGGUAGUCAAGCACGCCCACAAGGGUCAAAUUACCGCAACCGUAUGGAUUUUCUAGGAAGCUGGAUCGAUAAGACUCUGUUCUUGUGCUUUGAGGAGGCAAGGCCAAACGGUUUACGGCGUCUUUCAGUGAGAGGAUGUGACAUGGGGGAGCUUGUUUUUAGGUUUAGUGACAAACUUCGAGAGAGCGAUGUUCCUCAGCGGUACCGAGGACACCUGCCAACGCUAUGUUGACCGCACCUUGCGCCAAGUUGGAGGAGUUUGCUGCCCGUGACAACUCGCCUGCAUCUCCCGGUUGCUUCGCAUUCGGGUCGAAGAUUGUCUUUGUAGGGAGUGACGACACCCUUGUCUUUGAGAUGGACUUGGACGUGGACACAAACCGGGCGUUGUUGUCCAGACGCAUUGUGUUGCCUUUCGGGCAUCAACGCAACCCUCUACCCAUCCUGAUCAGGCAGAGGGGAGUCAACACAUUGCUUGCUAUAGCGACCAGCCCGCAAGCUCAGUUUUUCUUCCAGCAGUUGGAGCUACCCAGUCCUCAAGACCAGUGGGAGUGGGAGGACUUGGGAGGGCCUAAUUUUGCUACUCAAGGUCAAUUCUCCUGCGCAUUCGCAGACACAAAGAUCUUGGUGUCCAGGCGGGAUGGCGGGAUUUACAUGCACGAUAUGCGUGCGUUCGAUAACAGGUGGAUGCCACUGAAUUUGGGGCCGCAGAUUACACACUUGCCUUGGGACAGGAGGGCUCUCGUAUAUGGCCAUCGUGGAGACUUCCUAGUUAUGGGAUAUUCUUUAGAUAACCCAUGGUUGUUGAGCAUCUAUAUCCUAACACAUGACUUUGGGGAACUGUAUCUUAUCCGUGAAGAACCCCUGAAGCCACUGAAGAGAUAUCCCAAUCCAGACAACUGGACAUUUGCUGUCAUCGAGGACAAGAAGUUCUGCUUUAUAAUCAGCAUCUCGUUUCAGCUUGUCACCCAUGUUAUUGUCUAUACAUUCGAGAUUUUAUCGGUAAUGGAAGAUGAUGUUCAUAUGGUUUGCAGUGGUAUGAGGCAAUUUGAAGUGUUCCCGCAGCUUACACAGCCGCUUAUCAAUGGACGUCCGUGCCUGCUAGGAGCUUUUAUUUACUGGUAAGUGUUUGUGUUAUACAAUUUUCUUCUAUUAUUAAUUGUUCAUGAUAUAUUUCACACCAUUUACAGUUGGUGAUCUAUUUGAAAUCAUCUUACCAACCCUAACUAGAUGAGUUGAUUCGAAGUUUCUGUUGUUUUUAAUGUUGAUAGAUUCAUCAGGAGGAUCGAGGCGUCUCUCUUCACCAAAGGGCGCAGCAGAAGUGUUAAUGAAAUGGGAUUUCCAUGUUCUUCUUUAGCAGCUGGGCAAUUCUGUUUUUCGUUUCUUGAUUCCUUUUGAGUUGAUUUCUUAGCACAAUCAUCCCUUAGUUAAUGGAUUGUACUUACUUUCUUAGAACUUUGGUUUCAUUGUAGUUGUUGUCUGCUAUGGUUAUUGACUUAUGGCCUGGCUCUUUGGGUUUGUCCCAUUCCCUAGUAAGUUUGGUACUGGAUCGUUAAAACUGAACAAUGUGAUAAUCUAGACUCCAAAUGUCAUUUCACCCUCAUUCUUCCAUUUUAUUUUUGAGAUGAUGUUACAUAGUUCAUAAUUUUAUAUGUAUGUUUGUCUCCGAAAUGAAAGUCCAAGCAGAAUAAGAAAUACAUGUGAGUGAGUUCUUUGGAUAGAUUAGGCCAAGCACUUUUGGCUCACUGAGUGCAUGUUUAUUUUAUGGG